GUUUCAUAGCUGCAGAUAUUAAAGGCACUGGCUCCUGGACACAGCUUUACUUGAUUACAGAUUAUCAUGAAAAUGGGUCACUGUAUGAUUUCCUGAAAUGCACUACGCUAGACAACAGGGCUCUGCUCAAACUGGCGUAUUCCGCUGCAUGUGGUCUGUGCCAUCUACACACAGAAAUUUAUGGGACACAAGGCAAGCCUGCUAUUGCUCACAGGGACCUGAAGAGUAAAAACAUCUUGAUAAAGAAAAAUGGAACCUGCUGCAUUGCCGACUUGGGUCUUGCAGUCAAGUUUAACAGUGACACAAAUGAAGUUGAUGUUCCCUUGAAUACUAGAGUGGGAACAAAACGUUACAUGGCUCCAGAGGUCCUAGAUGAAAGCCUGAAUAAAAACCAUUUCCAACCAUACAUCAUGGCUGACAUUUACAGUUUUGGGCUGAUCAUUUGGGAAAUGGCUCGGCGUUGUGUCACAGGAGGUAUUGUAGAAGAGUAUCAGUUGCCAUAUUAUGACAUGGUGCCAAAUGAUCCAUCCUAUGAGGACAUGAGAGAAGUGGUGUGUGUCAAACGCCUACGCCCAGUAGUAUCGAAUAGAUGGAAUAGUGAUGAAUGUUUAAGAGCAAUAUUGAAAUUAAUGUCUGAAUGCUGGGCUCAUAAUCCUGCCUCAAGGCUCACUGCCUUGAGGAUCAAGAAGACACUUGCCAAGAUGGUGGAAUCACAAGAUGUAAAGAUUUGACAUAGAAAAUUGACAUUGGAGAGCAAAGCUGGACUCCUAGAUCUUUUCACUCAAACGUGGGUGAGACCUAUGUGGAAAGAGGAAAUAACUGAGAUUCAGUAUAUUUUCUCAGCACACUUCUACAGGCUGCUAAUCAAAUCUUUCAGUACUUCGUAGACUGUGAUACUGAGAGCCUCUAUACACUACGUGCUACGUAAAUGGACAGCCUUGAUAAAAUACACAUUUUGGUUUUGUUUGAGCUGCAUUGAGACUUCAGUCAUACAUAGUGAGUCUC